AUGAGAAGAAAGAAUUGGAGACCUGAAGUAUAUAAUUUUUAUUCUUAUAAAACUAGGAAGAUAAAGCUUUGCUUGAAAUAUGCAAGACUUAAAAUUAUAAUUGGAGAAGAGUUUCAAAAUAAAUGAUUUCUAUGGGAUAUAAAAGAUCAGGCAAAUCAUGCAAAGAAAGAUUUCAUAAUUAGUUAAAUCCUUAUAUCAAUAAAGACUAAUGGACUCAAAAUGAAGUUGAUAAACUAUUUGAGUUACAAAGUAAAUAUGGUAAUCGAUGGGUAAUUAUCUAAAAAUAUACUUAAAUAGAGAAUAAUUGCUAAAGAAUUGCCAUACAGGACAGACGGUUUAAUUAAAAAUUAUUUUUAUUCAUUGGUUAGAAAAGUUCUUAGACGCCUUUCUAAAACAGUAAAUGGAACAAAAAAUGGUAAUUAUUGAAUUGUCUAUAAUAGGAUCAUAAAUGACUAAAACUCUUAAACCUUCUGUUAUUUCUUAAAUAUUUUGCGUUAAUUAAAACCAAGUGAAUGAAGGAGGUAUUGAAGUAGAAUUUGCCGAGCUUUUUAGAUCUAUUAUUCUUAAAUACAAAAAUUAUAACUUAUCCUAAUAGAUUGAUAUAGAGGACAUUGAUAAAAUUAAAUCGAUUAUCUAAACAUUACAACAGAUAAAGUAUUUUUAUUAUUUUUACCUAGUGAAUCUUACAAUGAUGAUUUAGAAAAAAAGAAUAUUUCUAAAAGUAGAUCUAAAAGUCAAAAACUAAAAACUAAAACAACUAAACUAAAUAUUGACCCUGUAUAUAAAUUCUUCUAUAUCUCUAUAGAUCAUCCUUAGAAAAAUAUAACUUAAACGUCCGAUUUUUACGAUGAAAUCAUGUCCAUUACCUAAACUAUAUUCAAAAUUUCAAUUUCAUCAUAAUACAUAUCAUCCUUAACAAUUUAUGUAUUAAUCAAUAUCAUCUUUCACAUCCUAAAACAUAGACUAAAAAAACCAUUAUGGGCCCCUCUUGGUUUAACCUGAAUAGUUAUUAUUUUUUCAACCACUUCCUUAACCAUAUUAUGUAUUUUUUUAACAAAAUAUUAGCCCAUGAAUGUAAGUGCCUUUAUCUAACAAUAAUCAAGCAUCAAUACCUAUUAUAGCUCAUACUUCCAUCCACCACCUGAAAUCAAAGAGGAACAUGAAACAUGA